AUGACAAAUAGUUUAUCAUCAAAAUCACAAACAUCACACUUAACGAUGACUCCAUAUAAACUGCAUAAGGAUUCAUUCGUUUUUGCUAAUGGUGAUCGAUAUGAUGGUGAAUAUAUUAUUACAGACGCAUGUCAAAUAAUGCGCCAUGGUCAUGGUAAAUAUAUAAGUGCUAAUCAACAAUGUACUUAUGAAGGUUCAUGGAAUCAUGAUAAAAUGCAUGGAACAGGACAAUUAACUUUUGACAACAGUACAUCCUAUAAUGGAGAAUUUCAAUCAAAUUUUUAUAAUGGUUUUGGCAUAUACACAUGGCCAGAUGGUUCACAAUAUAAAGGUUUAUGGAACAACUCAAAAGCAGUGGGUAAAGCAGAAUAUUAUGAUUCCAAUUUGGGUGCUUCAUUCUCCAUGUAUAGUGGCGAACAUAAGUUUAAAGCAGCUGUUUUUUCAAGUUUUCUUUUGUAUGAUAAUAGUUAGAACAUCACUAUCGGCGUAUUUGGUCUUGAUGAUGCUGGUAAUAAAUCUUUGCUUGUUAUACUUUUUUUUCCUUACAUAUGUAUACUUUAUUUAGGUAAAACAUCAACAGUUAAAGCGAUUGAAGGAGAUCCAACGGAUGAUGUUUCACCAACAAUGGGUUCAAAUUCAACAAUGGUAACAGAUCCAUUGAAUGGAAAAAAUUAUCGUAGUAAUAAAAAUCAACAGCAUAUACGAAUGAUUGAUGUAAGUGGUGAGAGAAAAUUUCGUCAAUAUUCAUGGUCACAAUAUUAUGAUGAAAUACAUGGUUUAAUAUUUGUAAUUGAUGCAAGUGAACGAGAUCGAUUACGUGAGAAUCAAGAAACUUUAGAAGAUUUACUUGAAAACGAUAAACUUAAAGAUAAACCAAUUCUUAUUUUGGCAAAUAAACAAGAUCAGAAAGGUGCUAUUAGUAAUGAAUAUGAUUUAAAACGUAAACUUAAUAUUGAAAAAUUAAAAGCAAAACAUAAAAUUGAAUUAUGUACAGCAUUACCUCAAGAUAAUAAAAAUAAAGUAGAUGAAUCAAUUCGAAAAGGUUUUUCAUGGUUAAUUCGAACAAUUGAUGAUAAUUAUACAGAAUUAAAUUUACGUGUUACGAAAGUAAAGAAUAGUCGAACAAAUAAAAAAUUUAAUCAAUUUGACGAUGAUGAAAAUGAUAGUGAUGAGAAAUAUUCAAAAGAAAAGCGUACUAAUCAUACAGCUAAAAAUACAGAUUAUCAUUCAAAAAUUACUUCGGAAAAACUUCCAAGUAUCUAUACGAAUAAAAACAAAAUAAAAGCCGCUAGUGAUGACGACGAUGAUGAUGAUAAUAUUAAAUCAUCUUCAACCAACGAUUUUAAUAAGAAAAAAAAAAUAGUAGGUGGUAAUAAGAGUAAUGAUACAUCGAUAAAAAGAUCAACUAGUAAUGAUCCAAAAGCAUUUCGAUCAACAUAUGAAUCAUUUCCUGAAGAAACUCCAUGGUCAACAUCAUCAACUCUUAAAUUAACAAAGAGUGAAGAUAUGUUACCAAGAUUUAGUACAAAAUCAUCCAUAACAAAUGAUUCAAAACGACGAAAUAUGAGUCCUCUUGUACAUGACACAAAGUCGUACACAAAUGGUUCAUUAUCAAAACGAAAUAAUGCUAGUGAUGAUGAAGAAGAUUAUUAUGGACAACAAAAAUCAAAAUCAACAAAUCGAUUUGAUAAUACGUCUUUUUCAACAAAUAAAUUUUCUUCAAAUAUUAAAAAACCAUCGUCAAGUAUGUACGAUGAUGACGACGAUGAUGAUGAUAUAUAUAAUAAAACAAACAAUCGUCCUACAAUUACAACACCAAAAAAAUCUUACGGUCGUCAUGAUGAUGAUGAUGAUGAUGAUGAUGAUGAUGAAAAUAAUUAUUUAAAAACAUCAACAACAACUAAAACAAUUAAAACUUACAACUAUGAUGAUAACAGAAAUUAUCACCGAUCAUCCGAUCGUUUAAAUCUUAAUAAUGAAUAUCGAGGAACUGUAUCAAAAACAACAAGUCGUACAAAAUACAAUGAUGAUGAUGAUGAUGAUGAUGAUGACGAUGAUAAUCCAAUAUCUAAGCCAAUAACACGUUCUACCUAUAAUAAUGAUUACUCAACAUCAAAACCAAUAAAUCGUUCGAAAUUUGAAGAUAAUCAUUAUUCAUCAACAAAAUCAAUGACAAAUUCAAAAUAUGAAGAUGAUGACUAUCCGAAUACAUCAAAAAAAUCGAAUUAUUCAUCAUCUUAUAAUAAUAAUUAUGGUAACAAUACUUCUCGAUCUCGUUUUGAAGAUGAUGAUUUUUUUACAUCAAAUGGUGAAUCAAAUAAUGCUAAUCGAUUUCGAAAAAAAACAGAUUAUGACAGUUAA